UGUUCCUUCAUCUUAGCAGUGGGCAGUAAUGGCCGCAGCACUGAGCUGCUGCGGGAAUCCGCUCGGACUCGGACUCGGACACGGACCCGGAGCCCCCUUACACUCAUAACCGCAGCCCCGGACCGCGGAGCGCCGAGGGGAUUAAUGUGCGGCGAAUGAAGCUGGAGGAGAGCGUUCGAGUCCGCGUGUGCAGAAGCCAGUCACAUCAGCGCUGAUUUCCGGUUCCACGUCAUCAGUGACAGUGACAUCAUCGCCCCCCCUCCCACCCUGCCGUGCGUGUGCUUGGCGCAGAGUGAUGAGCUCACAGCAGCGUGGGAAUGCAACCCCGCCCCUCCUCGCUCCACACACCUCCUCCUCCAGCCAUGGCAGGCAGGGCUCGUCUCCCGGCCUGCUGGACUCCUACCCACGAUCCUCCAGGAGAGGCUGGGCCGGCACUUCUUCAUCCACACCGGCUCACGCCACGACAGUGAGCCGAGCGUCCUGCAGUAACCCCGCCUCCUCGCGGAGAGCCGUGUCCGGCCGCUCUGAGCCCUGGCCGGAGGAAGCUGUGGACGACGCUUAUGGCCUUUACUCGCUGCACCGCAUGUUCGACAUCGUGGGUGCUCACCUGACGCACCGGGACGUCCGUGUGCUGUCCUUUCUGUUCGUGGACGUCAUAGACGAGUACGAGCGCGGCGGCAUUCGGAGCGGGAAGGAUUUCCUGCUGGCGCUGGAGCGUCAGGGACGCUGCGAUGAGACGAACUUCCGGCACAUUCUCCAGCUGCUCCGCAUCAUCACCAGACACGAUCUUCUGCCUUACGUCACUCUACGCAAGAGACAGACGGUGUGUCCAGAUCCAGUGGAUAAAUAUUUGGAGGAGACGUCCGUACGCUACAUUUCCCCCAGAGGGUGCAGAGCCGAAAGCCAGCAAGCCACGCCCCACAGGAGAGCAGGACCCCAGCCUGUGAUCUGCUGCCCCGCCCCGUCGGAGCCUCAGGUGUGUCCACCCCGCGCCAAACCCGCACCCCACACUCCGAACAGGAAGAGGAAGAGAGCCCACAGUGCGGCCGACUGCAGAGAAAAACAGACCUGCGACAUCCGCCUGCGCGUCCGGGCCGAGUACUGCCAGCACGACUCGGCUCUGCAGGGCAACGUCUUCUCCAACAAGCAGGAGGCGCUAGAGAGGCAGUUCGAGCGCUUCAACCAGGCCAACACCAUCCUGAAGUCGCGCGACCUCGGCUCCAUCAUCUGCGACAUCAAGUUCUCGGAGCUGACGUACCUGGACGCGUUUUGGCGGGACUACAUUAACGGCUCGCUGCUGGAGGCGCUGAAGGGCGUCUUCAUCACGGACUCGCUCAAGCAGGCCGUCGGCCACGAGGCCAUCAAACUGCUCGUCAACGUAGACGAGGAAGACUACCAGGCCGGCCGGAGGAAGCUGCUGAGGAACCUGAUGGCGGGAGGGGCGGGGUCAGGCAGCCGGGAGGCAGGCUCGUCUUAGUGGAGGCGUGGUCUGUUUGACCUGUAGGCGGGGUUUGGGGCUGUAUUUUAAUGAACAGACUGGAAAAGAUGCAGUGAACGGACUGCUGGACUUGGAGAAGAGCGCUAAAGUGACUCUGAAAGAGAGAGAGACGAGACGGAGAGGCAGAAGAGGCCGCAGGCCGUGGUGAAUGUAGAGAAAGUGUUUUGGGACUUUUUUUUUGUAUUUUUUUUUUUUUUGACGUGUCACAACCGAGGUGUGGAAAUAAUAAAAGUAAUGAACGGAAAUAGAGGGACAGAAAGACGGCAUUUAAUUUCCUUUGGAUAUUUUUGUGCUAAAUACGCAACACUAAUGUUUUUUUGUUUUUUGUUUUUUUUUUAACUUGUGAAUUCCCACAUUUAGUGUUUUGUACA